AUGCAGGUGUCUGUGCUCCUCCUGGUCUCCAGCUCCUUGCUCCUGCUGCUCCAGGGAUGCUGCUCCUCAGUCGUGAAGGGAUGGAAGGGAAUAAAAAACGACGCCACGGAGAUUUUACCGGAGUACCGAGAAAACACCCGCACGACCCAACAGGACGCGAACCUUCCGCCGGCGAGCAGCGGCCGAAAUAACACCGUGAAUAACAGGGCGAAGACCGGGGGAAGGAACGCGAACACAGUCUCCUACAGUGCCGCGGAGCUGAGCUGCAGGGAGCUGCGGUCCACCCGUUACAUCACCGACGGAUCCUGCCGCAGCGCCAAACCCGUCCGGGAGCUGGUGUGCUCGGGCCAGUGCAUGCCGGCCCACCUCAUGCCGAACACCAUCGUCCGCGGCAAGUGGUGGAGGAGCAGCGCCUCGGACUACCGCUGCAUCCCGGCCCACUCCCGGACGCAGAGGGUCCAGCUGCAGUGUCCCAACGGCAACACGCGGACUUACAAAAUCCGGGCGGUCACCUCCUGCAAGUGCAAACGCUUCAGGCCCCACCACAACCAAUCGGAGGCCAAGGAGGUGCCGAAGACGCACCGCGGCAAGAAGCACGGCCGCUUGUCUCAGGACCGGAAAAAGAACAACACGCCGCUGGUGGGAAACUCGUACUGAUGCAGCUCGGCAGCAUCUGAGGACAAAGACUGA